AAUUUUAUGAUCUACAACUUCUUCCUAUUUAUUUUUUUGAUAAAAGUAACCAUGUCGCUGAUAAAGUUGUUUUAUGACCUUUGGCUUUAAAUAAGUCUAAAAUCGCAGCUAUGCUCGUAUUAUGCAGAAUAUAAAAAAUUUCUAUACAAGUCGUAUAAACAUAGUGUAAGAUGAAAAAAUGCGCAAGGUUCGAUAGCUGAAUUAGUACAAUUUUCGUGAGAAAACGUUAUAACAGCGACAUACACAACGAUAUCAAUCUCAAGUUAUGACGUAUGUAUCUACUCAUUCAAAGCCAUGGAGGUAAUAAGUACUACGUAGAACAGGAGUGUGUUUUUUCUGUUCAUCUUGCAGUUAAAAUAAAGAAAAUAAAACCUUAUGCUAAGGGCGUAAGAGUCUUGUACGCAAAAUGAAAUUGAAAGGUGUGAGAGGGCUACAAACACAUGUCCGAUAUUUCCCUUUCCUAGAGUUGCCAGAUAUCUUUCGUUGUUUGUAGAAAAAUAGUCUUAUAGUACUCGUCAGAACCAAUGAAAUGAGCGCAAUCCACCAAAUACACAGCGUGUGGUUCCGGUUUACCUGUUACGUCAGCACAGAUUUGGACAUAGGACAGAUCAUUCACACUACGCCAGUUGCAGCGGAAUGGCUGGAUUUUUCACAGUCAUCCGCCAGUCGUGCUCACUAAGGCAGUUUCUUUUUUUUAUUUAUUCAGAAUAACUAUCAACUACAUAAUAUAUUACAUCAAUAACAUAUAUAGCAAACAUAGUGUGAUUUUGUAGCCAACAUCGUUUUCACAACUUAAAUAUAAAGUAAAAGAAAUAAAACAAUUGAGUUAAAAAUAAAAAUCAUUACAAUGAAGUUAAGUUACAGUUAGCGUUAACACUGUACCAGUCGAGAGACAGACCAGUCAUUUCCUGACUCGCGGCCUCUACUAACCGACUGUGCUGGCCAAGUGUGAACCGCGCAUAAGAGUUCUAUGACUGUAGUAUGGGACAGGACUUACGUCACUGUCACUGUCAACUGUUAAUUAUCAAGUUUACAAAAUAAUAGAGAAUGUUAUAAGUUAUCAAAACACCUUUAAACAAAAACCCAUACUAUACAAGCAGACCAGUAAACCAAAUUAAAUGCUUUUUAAAUUAAAGAAAACUUGUUUGGCCGCCUCUGCCUCUAGUAGGUCUCUAGCGAAGAAUGAAAGUGCACGUUAGUUUAUUUAAAGUUUUAAACUUUUCGUUUAACUUUAUAUGUGAAAAUCGCAGUUAUACUUUGUGAAUGGAUAUUUUCAUAAACUGAAUUUUAAACGUUAAUAGUGCAUAAGGUGUAGAUUAAAAUGAAAGUGAUAGAAGCCAAAAUAGUGGUGUUAGGGUCACAAGGCGUGGGCAAAACGAGCCUGGUUGUGCGGUACAUCGGCAAAAUGUUCUCGCGACACAUCUCUCCCACCAUCGGCGCCUCCUUCUUCACCUGCAACAUCAACCUGGCAGAGGCGCGCGUCAAGCUGCAGGUGUGGGACACGGCGGGGCAGGAGCGGUUCCGCAGCAUGGCGCCCAUGUACUACCGCAACGCGAACGCGGCGCUGCUCGUGUUCGACAUCACGUGCCGCGCGAGCUUCGCCGCCGUCAAGGGCUGGGUGAAGGAGCUGCAGAGCAACGCCGCCGGCCCGCUCGUGCUGGCGCUCGUCGGCAACAAGGCGGACCUGGCGGCCGCGCGCGCCGUGCCCGCCACCGACGCCGCGCGCUACGCCGCCGCGCUCGGCGCGCCCUACACCGAGACCUCCGCGCUGCACGACCAGGGCAUCGACCACGUGUUCGUGAGCACGGCGACCGCGCUGCUGGCGGCCGCGGCCGCGCCCGGCGACCCCUGCCAGCCCUGCCAGCCGCGCCCGCCUCUCGGUACUGUUGCACGCUUUUACAUUUUCAUUCUAAAAUUAAUGUUCUAGUUCGUCCAUAUAUAGAUAGAGUAGCUAAGUGCAGAGAUCCCCACGUACCCGGCGGUGAAGUAGGACAUUGACUGGCGUCGUUUUGCCAAUUAUGACAUAUGUGUUACACAAGUACUUGUGAAAUUCUUCAAUUUGGUGAAGGUUAAACAAUUAGAUAUAUUACUGUGUCAGUGCGUGUGGUGACGUCAGUUGUGUUGUGUGCAGGUGUGGCGGGUGCGGGCAGUGCGGGGGAGGGCGCGGGCAGUGCGGGGCGCGUGGAGCUGGCCGCGUGGAGCGUGCCCGCGCCGCGCGCCGCCACGCCGCGCCCGCUCUGCUGCUAGCCGCCGCCACCUCUCCCUCUCCCUCUCCCUCUCCGGAGAUACUUUAUUGGGAUAACUUUCCUCAUUAUUGUCAUUUACAAUACGAAACAACAUUCCUAAAUCGAAUUUUGACGUUAUACGAAUCUCUUCUACUGUAGAUUAUACAUCAACGAUGUAAGUUUGACGUGUUCUUAUUGACACAAAAGUAUUUUGAUACUCGAUGUUUUUUGAACAAUGUACGAGGCGAGGAAGAUGGAUUAGAAUAUAAGUGCGGAUACUACCUUUAUAAAUAUUCACACAUUCCCAUGCCGGGAGAUUUGAGAAACGCCUGAAAUUGAACUACGAAUCAAUGAGGUCACAGUUCGCAUGUUCGUGAAGCAAUCAUCAAUCAUCAUCACCAGCUCACUUUGCGUGCCCACCGAGGGGCUCGGAGCCUACCCUAAUCAGGGGUGACUAUGCCAUAGUCAGUUCGUGAAGCAGAUCAGUUCAAUUAUUAUUUGUGUUUAUGCAGGCGGCAGGGGGCAGGCAGGUAGUGUGGGAUAUCUUGUAUAGUAUUAUCUGUGUGAGAGUAUUAUCUAUGUUUAUAAUUAUAUUCAGUGAGUCGCUGCGGGGUGGGGGCUGCGGGCGCAUGCUCACCAUAUAUUUAAUAAUAUCGAAAUAUUUUAUACUUCAAUUUUAACUACUCUGUUAUAAAAAUAAACCAAAUUUGUAAUU